ACAUGCGCGACGCGCCGCAACUCUGCGCCUCCCACCACAAGACGGAUCGGAUUGCUUCACUGCCUACCGAUUGAGAACGCUCGCGUAAAGCCUGAUGAUAUACCCGUCUUUGCGAGCCGGAUCAGGAGCCACAUUGCAUUCUACCGGGUCACAACCUCUCUAACCUUUCGAUUCGUGCCAACAGCUGCUGUUCAGACAAAAGUCAGAGAGAAGGCGCAACAACCAUGCCUUCACGGAAGAGCGACGUCCGCCGGAGCGAUGUAUCCGUGGCAAGGUUCGUGCUCGCCGACGAGGACAGCGCCAUGACCACCGAAUCGCCCGCACCCGUACCCGCGCCAGAACCGCCACUAGCAGCCGCAGCAGGGACAUCAGCAAAGCCUUCGAUUUCAGGGUCAACGCCUGCCCCUCAACAGCCGCCAGUGGACAAGAAAGACAAGGACAAAGACAAGGAGAAGGAGAAAGAGAAAGAGAGAGAGAAAGAAAGGGAUAACUUGACCAUCGAGGACCUCAACUUACCCAAAUCCAUCAUCACCCGUCUGGCAAAGGGGGUGCUGCCGCCCAACACACAGAUACAAGCCAACGCCAUCCUGGCGCUGACCAAGAGCGCCACGGUAUUCAUUAACCACCUAGCUAAUGCCGCGAACGAGUCCACCAUAGCAUCCAACAAAAAAACCAUCAUGCCCGCUGACGUGUUCAAAGCCCUCGACGAAAUCGAAUAUGGCUUCAUGCGCGAGAAGCUGGAGGCCGAGUUUGCCAAGUUCAACGAAGUCCAAACCUCAAAACGCUCCCAAUAUCGCAAAAAGGUCGCCGCCGCCAAGAAGGCCGCCGCGGGCGGUGCGGGCGCAAGCCAGUCCACCGACGCCGGCGCCGCGGCAGAUCUCUCCAUGAUGAGCAUCGGCUCCACGGCCACGGCCGGCGGUGGCGACCGCGACGAGAGCAGCGCCGCGCUGCAGUCUCCCGGCGUGCUCGCCGGCGCCGCCGAGUCAUCUGGGUCAGGGUCAGGGUCAGGACCAGGCCAGCCGCGGGCGGCGAAAAAGGCACGCCUAAUGGACCCGACUAGUACUAGCACUGGAUCUCAUCGGGUCGCGGCUGGGGCGGAUGAGCCGUCGAGGAUGGAGGUGGAUGAGGAGGAAGGAGGAGCGGAGGAGAUGUCUGAUGCUGAGACUGUUCCUGAGGAAGCCGAAGAGGAGGAGGAGGAGGAGGACGGGGAAGAGCAGGAGGAGGAGGACGAGGUGGAAGAAGAAGAGGAUGAGGAGGAGGAUGACGAAGAGGAAGAACGGGACGAGUUGGAGGAGCGGACGGCGAGGGAGGAAGAGGAUGAAGCUUUGGACGACGAUAGCGAUUAGGGGGCGUCGUUGGCAAAGCCUAAAUGGGCGCUCCCAGAGCGACUUUGGUCGGCGAGGGAGGAUGACGAUGAGGGGCUAGCGCUGGUGAGGACGGAAUGGAACUUUCGAAGCACUCGUCGAUGAUGCGAUGCGUUGUUUUGGGGUGGUUACGCUGCGAUAAUGAUAAUCUGGGAGCGAUUGCCUGUCCCGCACACGAACGGGUGCGAGAGCCACUGCUCCGUUGCAUUUGUUCGACACGUUGUAGACGGAGACCCAUCCCCCGUUUUCUGUUUACUUUAGCACGGGAGG